AUGUCUCUCGUUAAGUCAAUCAAAGGCAAAGAUCAAGUUCUUCUCGACGGUUUUCGUUAUCGUCGGGAUAGAUUAGUUUGGCGUUGUGGAAAAGAUAAUUGCAAAGGUCGUGCUCGUUACGAUGGAGUAAUGUACGAAAUGUGUCAGGAUCAUAUAUGUCAAGCGCCAGAUCCAAAUGAAAUUGAAAAAGCUGUGUUCAAUCAUGAAAUUAGACAAAAGGCAGAACAAUGUCAUGAUCCACCAAGAUUAAUUAUUCAAGAUGCACGGCUCAAAUUAUCUUCAGAUGCCGCUGCUACUAUUCCCCAAUACACAGCAUCACAACGUGCAAUUCAACGUAUUCGACAGGAUAAAGAUAUUCCAACAGAACCUAAAAUAUUUGCCGAUAUUGUAAUUCCGCCAAAUUUUCAAAUUACUGUUACAGACCAACAGUUUCUAUUAUAUGAUAAUAAUAACCAUCAUCAAAGAUUAUUAAUAUUUGCUAGUACCGAACAAUUAGAUCCAAAAUAUGCAACAACUGAUUUGAAAAAGCGUCCGAAAAUGCGCUUGCUACUGUAG